AUAUGUUCAAGGCUAUGAGCCGAUCGCCUGUAGACUGUCGCCCAGACUUGUUAUCGCCUGAGCGGAGAGAGCGACGCCUGAAGGCCUGAUGCGGCGUCCAUCAGCAAAGGGCGUCUUCGAAUGUACCCUUAUCAGCAAAGGGAAGUCGAAUUUCCCAUGUUCCGGCAAAAAUUCACAUAUAUUGGAGUCUGAUAAAGAUGCUGCGUGCGGAGGGCGACCAUUCUCGUACUCUGCCUUCUCCUUGACCCUGCCGUGACCAUGAGUGGAGACGCGGCGCUGCACAACAUCGAGGUCGGCACGCUCUCGUCCGCGACGCGCGAGGACGCGGACGAGGCUGAGCUCGCGCGCAUGGGAUACAAGCAGGAGCUGAAACGUGACUUAGGUCUUCUACAGAACUUCGGCGUUUCGUUCUCUAUCAUCAGUGUUAUCACGGGUAUACCGUCACUGUUCUCGUAUGGCUUGAACACCGGAGGUCCAGUCGUAAUGGUGUGGGGGUUUGUUGCUGUCUCGUUCUUCACGAUGCUCGUCGGCCUCGCCAUGGCGGAGGUCUGCAGCGCACAUCCUACCAGUGGAGGCCCAUAUUUCUGGGCGGCCAUGAUAUCGAAGCCUGAGAAUGCUCCUUUCGCGUCGUGGGUGUGUGGAUGGUUUAACCUCCUCGGACAGGUUGCGGUUACUACUGGAAUUAGUUACGCUGCGGCGAAUUUCAUCUCCACUGCCUGCACGUUCAACACGGACUUUGUGCCAUCCGCCAAAAUCACCAUUGGCAUUUAUGCUGGUGUACUGAUACUGCAAGGAUUGAUUAACACUUUUGGCGUGCACCUGCUUCGGUACCUGAACAACGUCUCAAUCGGCUGGCACGCGGUGGGUACGACUGCGUUGGUCAUCGCUAUCUUGGCAAAAGCCCCCACCCACCAGAGCGCGAAGUUCGUCUUCACGCAGUUUAUCGACAACACGGGUGUGGACGGUGUUGGCUGGAGUCAGCGUGCGAGUGCUGCCUAUCUGGUUGUGAUCGGCAUUCUAUUCUCGCAAUAUACUCUGACAGGCUUCGAUGCUAGCGCUCAUAUGACCGAAGAGACUCAUAAUGCCGCGAUGGCAGGUCCAAUGGGGAUCGUUAUGGCCAUUGGCGUAUCGGCGGUGCUCGGCUGGUAUCUCAUCCUCGGCCUGCUGUUCUCCAUCCAAGAUUUGGAGAACACAAUCAACUCACCGACCGGCGAGCCUGUCGCGCAAAUUUUCCUCGAUACGGUCGGGGAAAAGGGUGCUUGUGUCCUCAUGGUUAUCGUCAUCGGCGCAAUGUUCUUCUGUGGCACCUUCUCAGUGACGUCAAACAGCAGAAUGAUGUACGCGUUUGCGCGAGAUGGCGGCAUCCCCGGGCGCAGAUUCUUCCAAAAGGUCGACGCGAAGCGCAAGUCGCCAGUGCGCACGGUCUGGCUUGCGUGCACGCUCAGCUUCUGCCUCGGGCUUCCGAGCUUGGGGAGCACGGUGGCCUUCUCAGCCGCGACGUCGAUCGCGACGAUUGGGCUGUACAUCUCAUACGGGAUCCCUAUCGCGCUGCGCGUCGUGUACCGAGACCGGUUCGUGCGCGGGCCGUUCCAUCUCGGUGCGUUCUCGUACCCCGUCGCCGUCGUCGCCGUGCUCUGGAUUGGUUUCAUCUCGAUCGCGUUUAUCCUCCCGACUGCGAACCCUGUCGACUCGCAGACGCUCAACUACACCAUCGUCGCGGUCGGCAUCAUCCUCGUGUACUGCCUCGGCUUCUGGGCUCUCAGCGCACGUAAGUGGUUCACGGGGCCGAUCAAGCAGAUGGAAGUGGAGCGCAUGGGCAUCGACGUCACAAGUCCUGCGGAGACGGAGAAGUUGGAGAAAGCACAAACGGACAUCAACGAGCUCGAAACAAAAUCAACGCCACAUCUCGCACCACACUCAUGACUGUCUUCUGCAUAAUGGAAUCUUCUGAGGAAGACGUUGUCCGUAUUAUGAGACGAGAGCAAAACGACCUACAGAACCGUAACUCAUCAAAAUGUCCGCUAUUUGUCACAUGCCAGAGUACACCAAAAAGAAAGAAAAAAGGGAGGUAUCCAUGAGGCCGACCAAGGGUAUCCGACGAGUCCAUCGCUCAAAGGUUAAGCGCGAGCAUGAACGCGGCUCCGAACGCUGCGGCGACGGAGACACUGCCGAACGCGUGAGCGGAGCCGCCUUUCAGUCCAGUGGGGGUGGUGGCCCCGGCGCCGGCUGCGGUCUGAGUCUGCGUGUUGCCCGCACCAGCGGAGGACUGUGCGCCCGCGGUGGUCCCCGCGCCCGCUGCAUUGCUCGAGGCCCCAGCGGUGACGACGUUCUUGGUCGCUGUGUUCGCGGGCGUCGCUGCGCCAGAUGCGCCGCUCGACGAGAAGAAGACCUGCUGCGAGGUGCUCGAGGCACCGGUCGGGAACGCGUCGCUGCUCCCGUCGCCGGCUGUCGCGGAUCCCGUUGGCUCGCCCGAGGGGCCGGACACGGUAAACGAGUUCACGGGGUCGCCCGCUUCUGCACAGCUAGCUUCGAGUUGGUCGAGGUCUGUUUGCGCUUGCUCGGUAUCGCUAGCAUCCCCGCCAGCCGCGGCAUUCGUACAGCUUAGGCAGUCUGCAAGGCCCUUCAUGACAGUGUUGCUGCAGAGCGCGGUACACUGUGUCGGAUCCGUGCUGCAGCCAUUAAGAUCCGUCACCGGCGUGGCACAGACAGACUGACACUGAGGUGGAAUGUCACUGGGGUCGAUGGUAGUGCCCUGCCUGGCCUUUAGGGCAAACGAUCUGAAAAAGUUGUGUCUGGACACCACAGCGGUCGCCGCGGCUUCGCCGGCGACGAGAACGAGUGACAGAAGAGCGAGCUUUGCAGAAACCAUGGUGGGCUCUAAGGACGACUGGUGGAUCUGGAACGGUUAGACAGAAGACGACGAGGUGAG